CAGCAUGCCGAAGAGCUGUGCCGUGCCAGGUUGCUCUACAAACGCCAAGAAAAAUCUCGGACUCAAAUUCCAUCGCAUUCCGGGCGAAAACCAAAGAAGACUUCAGUGGUUGCGAGCCAUUGGGCGCAGAGACAACGGUGGGCAGCUGUGGAAUCCUCAAUCCUGCCACCAUUAUGUCUGCGGUCUGCACUUCAUUACUUCAGGACCGCAGCGACACAAUCCAGACCACCCAGACUUCGUACCCUCAGUGCUUCCAAAUAGAGAGGGGGAUGCAAAAUGGCAACAGGAAAGAGUCGAUCAGGCCGUGGCCCGAGCUAGACGCCAGCGUCAGUUGGCUUUGUCCUCUGGGAGAGCAUGGACCACAGAGGCAUCAGUUGACACCAAAACAGAGGCACUGGCUGAUGCUGCACAAGGCGUAUCAGCAGAGGCACCACAACAAACCACCAGCCUUUCCAAAAAAAACACAGUGAUGGAGCAGCUCUGUCUUGAGCUUGUAAAAGUGAAGACGGAGCGAGAUGAAGUUACACAGCAAACAGAUGAAGCUAUUACUCAGCUGAAAAGACAUAUAGGCCUAUUCUCCACAGACAGUGUACGGUACAAUGAUGCAAAAUGCCAACUCCUGACAGGGGUGUCCUGGAAAGUGUUUGAAAUAUUACAUGACUUUUUGUCACCGCGUAUAGCACCAAAGCCAAAGUUCAAGCUUUCCACAGAAGAUGAACUCUUCAUUUCUUUGGUGAAACUGCGCCAGAAUCCGUCCACAGACCUAUUAUGCACAGUGAUGAAUUUGCCUCACAUCACAUUCCUUGACAUAUUUUCACGGUGGCUGAUAUUAAUCUACGCCAACAUCGGCUCUCUCGUUUCCUUGCCUGAUAGAGAAGGUAUUAGGACCACCGUUCCAGCACAGGUCCUACUACAAUAUCCACGGCUCACCUCCAUAACUGACUGUUUUGAGAUCCGAAUUGAACAUUCAAAACAACGGGAAUGCAGAGCUGCCACUUACUCUACAUACAAGAGCUGGACCACAGUCAAAUAUUUCAUAGCAUACCAUCCAUCGGGGACUAUUAUUUACCUGUCCAAAGGCUGGGCUGGCAGCACCUCCGAUGCGCGAUGUGUGUGGUCGUCUGGUUUCAUAUCGCCUAUAGUGGCCAUGUUGUUGUGUUAA